AUGGCGUCGAAGAUAAUGCGCGACGAGCACGCGGACGGAAUCUCUGUCGUCGCGUUCGGCCCGGAAGGGACUCUCGCGCACCGUCGAUUAUUCUUCGAUGACGAUUUUCAAAUCGUUUCCCCUUGGCACGACGUACCGCACCGCGCCGCGGACGACGGAUUUAAUUUCCUCUGCCACACGCCGAAAGGCGCGUCCGCGAUAGUCGAAGUCGCGAAAGACGAGGAUUACAACCCUAUUCGCCACGUGGCGCGAGACGGCGGCGCGGCGCGCUACACAGCCACUUCCACAUGGAACCUCGGGAUUGCGCCGCAGACGUGGCAGGAACCCAAGGUCGAAUGCGACGUGGGUAAUGGCCGGCUGCUGCCAUUCGCCGGCGGGCCCGUACGCGUUAUAGAGAUCGGCGGCGUGGUAGCGAAACCGGGGCAGCUGUACUCGGUGAGGCCGCUCGGCGCGUUCGCGACGAUUCGCGAAGACGAAGGGACGGUUUCGUGGACGGUUAUCGCGCUUUCGUCGAGCGACGCGUGGGAGCAUCUGCUGAAGAAUAUGGCGGACCUGCAGCGGGAGAAGCCGGGCGAAAUCGAACGACUAAAAAAGUGGCUGCUAACAGCCGAUUCAGCCCAUCCCACAUCCCUAGGAUUCAACGACCAACCCCAGCCUCGCAAAGCCGCCGUUGCCGCCCUAUCCGCCGCCCACGCCGCGUGGAAAGCCAAACGCGACGUCCUGACCCGCUUCCCGAACCUAGACCUCCCGUCCGGCGACGAUGCCGAAGCUCCUCCCGAGCCUGAGGUGCUCCAGGAAAUCUGGGAGCCUACUAUUGAGUGGUAUUUAGACGAGGCGGGGACUACUAUGGAAGAGUGUAUUAAAGCCGCACAUGCAGUAACCGCACAUGGGGUUACCACACAGGGGGGGUUACCCCAUUCGUCUUCUAGCCUGGGGGAAGGGAUAGUGCAUACAGUGGGAGGUAUUGCCAGCACUGUUGGGGAGUUACGCGGAAGCUUCGCUCAUUCCAUCAGCAAGGGGGUUAGCAGCAGCAGAAAGGGGCUAGUUGGCGGAAUCACCCACACGGUAGGGGGUAUUGCGGAUAUUGGUGGAGGGAUCAGGGGAGGGAUUAAGGGGGCAGUAGGGGGGAUUGGGGGGGCGGUGGGCGGGAUAGGAUCUCGCCUGGGGAAGAGCAGGAAGGGCAUGGGUGGCAUGGGUAAGGCAGGGAGACAUGGAGAGGAAGAGGCAGAAUGGGAGAUCUCGGCACCCGAAACCAGCAGCACCAUCAACAGCAGCAGCAGCAUCAGCAGCAUCAGCAGCAUCAGCAGUGGCGGCGGCGGUGGGGGUGGCGGCGGCGGUGGUGGUGGUGGUGGUGGUGGUGGUGGUGGUGGUGGUGGUGGUGGUGGUGGUGGUGGUGGUGGUGGUGGUGGUGGUGGUGGUGGUGGUGGUGGUGGUGGUGGUGGUGGUGGUGGUGGUGGUGGUGGUGGUGGUGGUGGUGGUGGUGGUGGUGGUGGUGGUGGUGGUGGUGGUGGUGGUGGUGGUGGUGGUGGUGGUGGUGGUGGUGGUGGUGGUGGUGGUGGUGGUGGUGGUGGUGGUGGUGGUGGUGGUGGUGGUGGUGGUGGUGGUGGUGGUGGUGGUGGUGGUGGUGGUGGUGGUGGUGGUGGUGGUGGUGGUGGUGGUGGUGGUGGUGGUGGUGGUGGUGGUGGUGGUGGUGGUGGUGGUGGUGGUGGUGGUGGUGGUGGUGGUGGUGGUGGUGGUGGUGGUGGUGGUGGUGGUGGUGGUGGUGGUGACAGCGAGAGCAGCAGCAGCAGCACCCCCAGCAGCGGUACAACCAAUGAAGAUCGGCAAUUAGUUAAGACCAACGCUGCUUCUUUUUCAGGGUCUUCCUUUGCUAAGACCCACUCAGGGAAAUCAGGAGGCUCUUUCGCUGCUAUUGGAGGGGGCCUUUCUAAGAUUGGCGGGGCGGCUAGCGGGUUGACUAACGCCGUUUCAUCUGCUCGUGGGAAAGCCGUUUCAUCUGUUGGGAGCACGGUUUCAUCUGUGAGAGGAGCGGUGGGAGGAGCGGUGUCAACUGUUGGCGGGGCGGUGGGAGGGGCGGUUACAACUGUGGGUGGUAAGGUUGGUGGUGCGGUGACAACUGUUGGUGGGGCGGUGGGUGGCGCGGUUACAACUGUUGGAGGGGCGGUGGGCGGGGCUGUUACAACUGUUGGUGGGAAAGUGGGUGGGGCGGUUACACGUGUGGAAGGAGCUGUAAUGGGAGGUUCGGGAAGGGAACUAGGCUCGGCGGCAGAAGAGGAGGAGGAGGAGGAGGAGGAGGAGGAGGAGGAGGAGGAGGAGGAGGAGGAGGAGGAGGAGGAGGAGGAGGAGGAGGAGGAGGAGGAGGAGGAGCGGCAGAAGGAGGGGGACCCUGAAAGGGAGCACAAGGGCGAGCCUUCCUGGGCUUCUGAAAAGGAGAGGCCAGAAGCAAGAGAGGGGCCUGAGAGGGCAGGGCUGGGUGUUGAGAAGGGAGGUGGGGAAGAGCGGAUGGGAAGUGGAGACGAGGGAGGGGGAGUUGGGGAGUGUGUGAAGGAGGGGGGAUUGAGUGCUGCUGAUGCUUCUAGGGCUGCUGCUGCUGCUGCUUCGACUGCUGCUGCUUCGGCUGCUGCUGCUGCGGCUGCGGCUGUUGCUGGGGAGAAGGCGGAAGAAGGGGGGAGCAAGGAGGGGGUGAUGAUGAGGAUGAUGCCACACACGCAAGAAGCUGAUGUUGUGGUAUCAGAGCGGUCGCAGGACGGGUAUACAGAGCAGAAACAGAUGGAGGAGCAGCAGGAGCAGAAGCAGCAGAAGGAGAAGGAGGAGGAGGAGCAGCAGCAGCAGAAACGGGCGAAGUUGAAGAAGAAGGAGGGAAGUGCGGGGAAGGUGCAGGAAGGGGAUGGGUUGGCGGGAGGAGGGGGUGUGGUAGCAGUUGGAAAGGGAGAGGGGGUGAAGGAGGAGGAGAAACGGGAGGAGGAAAAGGAGGAGAAAGAGAAGGAGGGGAAGGAAAACGAUAGGGAGAAGGAGGAGAAGGUAGUGAGGAUUCCAGGUUCAGUGGCAGCAGCAGGAGGAGAGGGAGAGGGAAAGGAGAAGGAAGCCGCAAGAGCAGGAGGGGAAGGGGAGGGAAGAGUGGGAGGAGGAGCAGGAGGAGGAGGAGCAGCAGCAGCAGCAGCAGAGGCAGAGGAAGGAGCAAGAGAGGGUGGAGAGGAGAAAGAACCGCUAUCAGAGGAGGAAAAAGAGAGGAUUGAGAGGGAGAGGAUCGAGAAGGAGUUGGAAAGGGAGAGGAUUGAGAGGGCUAAGAAGCAAAGGGAGCGAUUCAUGAAAGCCCUGGCGAAUAAGAAGGCAGGAGGGGGGAAAGGUGGCAAGGCAGUAGCGGCAGGGAAAGGGGCGGCAGCACAGGGGGGAUUCGCGGCACAGGGGGGGUUUGCCGCUGUAGCAGCCGCAGCAGCAGCAGCAGCAGCGGAAGCAGCGUCUGCUGCAGUGGCAGGGAUUGCAGCUUCAGUGGUGGGUGCUGGGGGGGGAGGGGUGGGAGAGGCAGGUGGAGCAGCAGAGGGGAUAGGCAGGCAGGGAGUGAAGCAGGCGGAGGGAGGGGUGGUGGGAGGGGAGAGGGGCGAGGGGCAACAGGAGGGACGGCAGGAAGGGGAGCAGGCUCAGCAGGGGCAGCUUGGAGGGAAGAAGAGUGAGGGAGGGGAGGAUGACAAGGGAGGGGAGGAGGAGGGAGAGGUGCAGGAGGAGGGAGAGGGGCAGGAGGAGGGGCGGGAGGAGCGGUUUGCAUGCGCGGUUGAUAGGCUAUCGGAGCAAGGCAACAGGUUCCUUCGUUCCUCUGCUGCUGCUGCUGCUGCUGCUGCUGCUACUGGUGCUGAUGGCUCUAGUGCUGGUGCUAACAGCACUUCUGGUUGCACAGACGGUGCUAGAGCCGGUGCCAGUCCAAGCAAAGCCGCCCCUUCCCUUGCUUCAAACCUGCUCCUCAAGCGGUUACCACCGCGACAACGUAACCGCAGCCUAGACCUCAGCUUCAGCUCCCUCCCUCAACCAGGAACAGGCACAGCCGGUGCUGCUGCUGCUGGUGGUGGUGCUGCUGCCUUUUCGCAAUCAAAUACCAUCGGCGGCGGCGGUGGUAUUGGCGACUUGUCAUUUGGAGCAGGGUCGGACUCUGCUGGCUCUUUCGUCACCAUCUCUCUUUCCGGAAGCUCCAAGCGCGAUUCCUUUGCUCGAGAUUCUUUCUCGCGAGAUUCCCUUUCUCGUGACUCCCUGUCUAGGGAUGCACCCGGGUCCUCCUCACGAGAAUUCGGCGGUUUCUUUUCCGGGCCUGCCUCCGGGCCGUUUCGCUCAAGCAGGCGCCGUUCUCUCAGUCGAGAGGAUUUCUCCCCGGAUCUAGCCGGUUCCCCAACCCUCUCCCCCCAACGAUACGCAUCUCCUGUUCACGAGCGCUUGACAGCAGCCGGGAUUCUCAGCAACACUCCCCGAGGCUCUGGAGCUGGUUCGGCCGGUGGCGCUGGUGCCCGCUUCGGCAGGUUUGGCGAAGGCUCGAGCUCGCCGAACCUCACGCCCAGGUCUGGGAGGCCCCAGAGCCCCUUGACCGGACGAAGCAGCGUGGUAGCUGCGGCGUUGGGAGCAGCAGCAGGGGUGAAAAGCGGAAAGGGGGGGUUUUCUGGUUUCGCACUCGUAGCAUGGCCGGAGGAGAAGAGGAUUGGGCUCGUGGCUAAGGCUCUUGCUGCUGCUGGCGCCUCCCCUGCUGCUGCUGCUGCUGCUACUGCUCCUGCUGCGAAUACGGAGGAGGAGGGUGGUGCAAUGAGGAGUAAAGAGGGAAGCGAGGUGGAUACCAAUGCGGAUACUGAGGAGCAUACUAAGGAGUACACUAAGGAGGAUAGUAUGGUGGAUAAUAAGGAGGAUACUAUGGAGGUUAUUAAAGAGGAUAUUGAUGACCAGGAGCAUAGUGAGCAGUAUACUAAGGAGGAUGAUAUGGAAGGUAGUUUGGAGCAUGGUAUGGAGGAUAUUAAGGAGGAUAUUGUGGACCGUGCUAAGGAUACUAAUGAGCCUACUACGCAUGAUAGUGAGGAGGAUAGAAAGGAGGAUACUAUAGAGGGUAUCGUGGAGAGUACUAAGAAAGAUACUCAGGACACUGUCAAGGUGGAUUUUGAAGCCGACUCUAAGGAGUAUAUGAAGGAGGAUAUUGCGGAGGGUAGGGAGGGUGAGGGCAGGGGGACAGAGGAGGAUCAGAAGGAGAAGGAAAAGGAGGAGAAGGAGAGGGAAAAGGAGGAGGAGAGGGAAAAGGGGAAGGAGAGCAAGGAGAAAGAGAAGGAGAAGGAGAGGUCUGGGAAGGCGAGGAAGAGCCGAAGUGGGGACAAGGGCAGUGCAGGGGCAGCAGAGGUGGCGGAAACACCAAGGGGGGGUGAAUGCAACGAGGGUGAUACAGCUGGUGGCGUUGAUGCGGGUGAUGUGGCUGGUGGCGUUGAUGAGGGCGGGGACAGCCUGUCUUUGCUGCGGGCCAAGACGGUGGGUGAUGGGGGUGAUGGGGGUGAUGAGGGCAAUGACAAUCUGUCUUUUCUGCGGGCGAGGACAAUGUCUUCGGGAGCAUUCAUAGCCUAUGACCAAUCGCAAGGCGGCUCCUUAAAGCCGUGCUUUCUCUCGAAGCUUCAGCAGAGCACGCCGAACUCACCGUCUCUCUCCUCCCCCACAACGCUCCCUGCCCUCAAGUCGCAUGCCCCUCCCUUCUCACCAACCCCAUCCUCCUCCUCCCCGCAAGUCCUCUCGUCGUCCCUCUCUUCCUCCGGCUCUUCCCCCCUCACGACCUCCUCCCGCGACUCUUUCUCCGCCACCCCCGGCAACUCCGCGCAGCUCGCCUCGUUCCACGGCCGCUCCCCCUCCCCCACGCCCCCGGACCCCUCGCGCAUCUGCCUCAACCCCAACGCUGCGGCGUUCGUUCCGUGUUUUUCCGGCGCAGGCAGAAAUGGCGGGAGCGACGGAAACCGCGGAACCGGCGCGGGCCCUGAAGUGGGUAGCGGAAGCGGGGAAGACGGCGGCGGCGGAGAAGCGGGAGUGGAUGGUGUCUCCGCGGGAGGGAACAUGUAUGCGCAGGGGAAGGCGCACGGGGAGGGUUCCGCCGGUUCCGCCAGUCGUGGAUUGACUGUAGAAGAAGCCAACUACGAAGGUUCCUCAUUAGAUAGAAUUCCAUCUAACACCUCGGUUUCAUCUGACGACGAGUAUCGUCGUUACGUUAGGGAUCAGCUUCCAGACGAGCUUAUUAGCUUCGACGAGCAGGACACUCCGAACCUCAACGGCAGCCUUCUCCCGCCGGACCUAGACGGGCUAGGCUCGGCAGAAUCCGAACAUGGAGGCGGCAGGUCCGGGCCUGGGGGUGGACCUCGACCCGGCGCCGAGCGCGGGGCGGCGGGGGAGUUUAUGGUUCAUAGUAAAGUGGGCUUGCGGGGAAGCGGGGAGGGGCGAGGCUGGAAUCUGGACGCGCGGAGUUACUUGGCGGAGCUUCCCCCCGACCAUCCCUUGCACCACACCUCCCCGCAUCAGCACCAUCUCCCCCCGCACCUGCGCCAAGACCCCGGUAGCGCUUCCGCCAGCCCCAUGUCCCACGCGCGGCAUUCCCUUGGCGGGCCUCCCGCUUUCUCCGAGCACGAGUUUGGGGCCGGCUCCCCCGCGUCGUUUCUGCGGAACCCUCCGCCGUCCAGCCCCGCCGCGGCUGCGCUUCUUGCGCGACUGGACCUUGGUGGGGGCGGGGGUGGCGGAGCAGGCGGAGGACCGCUUCCGCCCACUGCGCAACAGCUUGCGGAGCUGCUAGACGGUCCUCCGCCUGGCCUUGGGGGCCUUCCCGCUGGCUCAGGGUACCCUUUUGAUAACUACCCUCGCCCGCAUUUUGAGCACUUUGGGGGAGGCAACCACCCGCGCCCGCCCAACUCCCUCCCCGCUUCCCCCGCCCCCGCUGGUGCGCACCGCUUCAGUCCCGCUCUCCGCGGCAGCCCGCUCCAUUUCUCCCCCGCCCGCCACGGCCCGCCGCCUCCGCCGCAUCACAUGCUUCCGCCGACACAGCUGCUGGGCGGAAGAGGCGGAACAGGGGAAGGAGGGUGGGGGCUUCCGCCGGGGAUUACGGAGUCGUCAAGGCGCGGGCAAUUUGGACCGCCGUUAGAUGGACCAGGGAGAAUGGACGGCAGGAUGGAUAGCCGGAUGGACGGCAGGAUGGAAGGGAGGGUGGACGGUCGGAUGGAUGGCCGGAUGGACGGCCGGAUGGACGGCAGGAUGGACAACAGGAUGGACGGCCGGAUGGACGGCAGGAUGUACAACAGGAUGGACGGCCGGAUGGACGGCAGGAUGGACAACAGGAUGGACGGCAGGAUGGACGGCAGGAUGGACGGCAGGGGAGAUGGUCCAACCAUGGGCCCCCCUGGUAGCCCUAUGCCCGGGCCUGGGGGACCUCCUCCCCCUAACGCGCUUUACCAAGGCCCCGCGGGAAGAGGCGGGCGCGGAGGCGGACCAUUAGGCCCCGGAGGGAUGGGCGGUCCUGGCGGGCCUGGCGGAAGAUUUGCGCCUGGUCCGCCGUUCAGCCCGGAAGUAGGCCCGCGCCUGGGCUCCCCGCCGCCCCCCCACAUGAACCCCACCAGGGGCGCGGGGGGCGGAGGCGGAGCUGGGAAUAUGGGUCCCCCAGGCCCCUCUAACAGCUUUUCCCCUUCUAGAUCCCCGCACCCGCGAUACUCCAGGCCGGGUCCGAGGCGGGGAGCGGGAGAAGAGCCGCCGUCGCCACUUAAUCAAGGUAUAGGCAGUCUAGACCACCGUAGUCCGAUGGGCGUGGGCAGGGGGGGAGGGCAUUUGCGCCACCCGCAGCAAAACCGGCGGAACAGCUUGGAUCAGCGCAGCCCCAUGCACCCGCUGCGGGACCCGCACCAGCAGGGGAGGAGAGCGGGGCCGGGGGGAAGAGGGGGAGGCGGCGGGGGAGGAGGAGGGGGACCAGGCGGAGGAGGAGGCGGAGGGGGAGGAAACGGGGAGGGCGGCGGCGGAGGGAUGCCCCCGGGAGCGGGAGACAACGGCGGGCACUUUCCGCCGCCGUUUGAGCUUCCCCCAGGGCCGGCGGCGCGGAUGCUGGAUAGAAGGUUCCGCGGACCUUCCGCGGGGUGGAACCCUGGUCCGCUUGACGAGGUAGAGGAGGGUCCCCCUGGCGCGGGGGGCCCAGGCGCGGAGUACAACGCGCAUGGGGGGUUUCCGCUUCAUGAUCCCCCUCCCCCGCCGCCUCCCCAUGGCCUCCCCCCGCACGAGCUGGGGGGGUUCUACUUAGACGACGGGAUGCCCCCGCCCCCGCCCCCCCAUCAUCUCCCCCCGCACCAUGCGCGCGCGCAUCCCCCAGGGCCUCCGCACGGGCACGCGCCUUCCCCCGGGGGGCAUCUGCGCGGAGGGGGUCCGCCCCCGCACCACGGGAUGGACGAUCCGAUUCUGGUGCUGGCGGCAGAAUUUCCGGAUUUCUCGAUGCAGAGCUUGGCGGACGCGUUUUUCGCGCAUGGGGCGGACCUAGGCGCGACUAUUGAGGCGCUGUGGCAGCUGCAGGUGCGCGGAAGGCGGUUGGGCACGGGGGAAAUCGGGGGCCAGGGUAGGUGGUGUGUGGGGAAUGGGGGAAUGAAGGACUGA